AUGUCACGCAACACAGCAACCAUCUGCAAGUUCAUCGGCACCAUCUCGCUCGGUCUCCUGACUGGCGUAUCCUACACCACAACAACCACCACCCUCCCACCCAUCCAAUCCCUUCCCAGCGCCCAACCGGCCUCCACCACAUUCCAACACCUGCGCGCUCUAGCCCACCGGCACCAACUCCUCCUCUCCACCCUCUCCUCCACCUCUCUACUCCUCGCCUACGCCCUCUCCCCACCCCGCAGCCGACAUCCGUAUCUCUUGUGGGCAACCCUGGCCAUCGGAUUGGGCUACACGAAAGAGAUCUAUGCGGGUGUGGUUGGAAAGGUGAAGGGCAAGGGCGAUGAGAGCAGGGCUAGAUCAAGGACGCCGGAUAGUAGCGAUGAGGAAUGGGAGGUCGAGGGUGCUAGCACUGGUAGCCUGAACGGAGAGGCUGUCAGGGAAGGAAUGGAGAAGUGGAGGGGGAAGAUGGUGGGGCGGACAGUCGUGUGGGGUGUUGGGUGGCUGGUUACAGUGGUUGGACUUUGGGGAGAUGGAGUCUAA